GGCCGCCAGGCACUCAGCGGGCCUCGCCGCCCACAUUCCUGCGCAGCCAUGUCGGUGCUGGAAGACGGCCGGCCAUUCGCCCAGCAGCUGUCCAAUGUCUACUUCACCAUCCUCUCCCUGUUCUGCUUCAAGCUGUUUGUGAAAAUCAGCCUGGCCAUCCUCAGCCACUUCUACAUCGUCAAAGGCAACCGCGAGGAGGCGGCGCGCAUCGCGGCCGAGUUCUACGGCGCGGCCCCGGGACAAGGUUCCUGGGCAGACCGCUCCCCUCUGCACGAAGCGGCGAGUCAAGGCCGCCUCCUGGCUCUGCAGACGCUCCUGUCGCAGGGUUAUAACGUAAACGCGGUCACCAUAGACCAUGUCACCCCACUGCAUGAAGCCUGCCUCGGCGAUCACGUGGCCUGUGCCCGGACUCUUCUGGAAGCUGGAGCCAAUGUCAAUGCAAUCACAAUAGAUGGCGUGACGCCGUUAUUCAACGCCUGCUCCCAGGGCAGCCCGUGCUGUGCAGAACUUCUGCUGGAGUAUGGAGCCAAGCCACAGCUGGAGUCCUGCCUGCCUUCCCCCACACACGAGGCUGCCAGCAAAGGUCACCAUGAGUGUCUACAGAUCCUGAUAUCCUGGGGCAUAGAUGUUGACCAAGACAUUCCUCACUUGGGAACUCCGCUGUAUGUAGCUUGUAUGUCACAGCAAUUCCACUGCAUCCGGAAGCUUCUUUACGCUGGCGCUGACGUGCAGAAAGGCAAAUACUGGGACACGCCACUCCACGCUGCUGCCCAGCAGUCCAACACGGAGAUUGUCCAUCUGCUGCUGGAAUUCGGGGCGGAUAUCAACGCCAAGAACACGGAGCUGCUGCGGCCGGUGGACGUGGCCUCCUCCAGCAGCCUGGUGGAGAGAAUGCUGCUUCAGCACGAAGCCACGCCCAGCUCCCUCUGCCAGCUGUGCCGCCUCUGCAUCAGACGCCGCAUCGGACGGCCGCGCUUGCACCUCAUCCCGCAGCUCCAGCUGCCCACGCUGCUGCAGAACUUCCUCCAGUACCGAUAGACAGUAAAAGCCGUCUCCGCGCGCAGACAGUGCAAAGCUCCACGUCAUCCGCACAGUGCAUAUUUCAUAUUAAAAUGUGCUAACGAUGGGGUGGAAGCAGAUAGGGCCACACCCCGGGAAGCAGGGAAGUGUGGAUUUUACCUGUAAGUGUACGAGUGGGCACUGUUGUGUUAGGUAGGCAUUGCUAUUGUUUUUGGACAUAGUAUAUUUUGAAUAUUUAUAUGUUAUUAUCCCAGAGACCCUUUUGUUGGUUUAGGAAAAGAAAAGAGUUCUCCAUUUUAUGUUUUUUAGAAAAGGAAAUCUGUGAACUCUAAGCAAAAUUAUUCUUUAUAUGGCGUAUUUUAAAAGGUCUAUAGUCUUCAAGUAAUGCAUUCACCUUUCUAUUUUGGUCUGCAGUGAUUCUCUGUAUUUUUUUUAUAUUCAGACAAACUAUGAGUGUGGUUUAGAAAACAGCAGGGAGCCCCGCUGGUGUCACUCAGUGGUGUAGCAUCGACCCAGGAACCAGGUCGUUGCUGGUUCGAUUCCCAGUCAGGGCUCAU